AUAAAUGAAUGCUAAAUUAUGAGGUUAGAUUUACUCGUCUAAAUAAUUAUUUGAAAAAAGGAAUCCUCUGGACGGCUUGGCUUUUGGAAUACCUAGCAUUUAGGUAUAUAGAAUUCCGACUAGGUGUAAAGGUUGGAGUAAAUCAAUAAAUAUUGUUGAAAAUGACUGUCGCAACUUUAGACUCAAAUGAACAUUUCUUAGAUUUCACAAGGUCCCCAUCUCUAACUGUUGUACAUUUUUCUGCAAAUUGGGCUGAACAAUGUGGACAGGUUACAGAAGUUCUCAGUGAACUUUCUAAGCUCCCUGAUAUACAAAGCAGCGGAAGCAAAUUUGGUGUUUGUGAUGCAGAGAACCUCUCUGAAAUUUCUUUGCAAUAUAAGAUUGACUCUGUACCAACUGUUAUACUAUUUAAAAAUGGAUCACAAGUAGAUAGAAUUGAUGGUGCUGAUGCAGCUCAAAUCACUUCAAAAGUGAAGUUGCAUAGUAUUGGUAAAAGCAUCUCGGCAGCAUCGUCCGAGAAACUUGAAGACCGCCUAAAAGCUCUUAUUAAUAAACACAAAGUCAUGGUUUUUAUGAAAGGCAAUAGAGAUACACCAAGGUGUGGAUUUAGUAGGACUCUUAUUCAAAUCCUUAAUGGCACAGGGGUUCAAUAUGAUACAUUUGACAUACUGACUGAUGAGGAGGUUCGCCAAGGCCUAAAAGAGUAUUCUGAUUGGCCUACUUAUCCACAACUUUAUGUUAAAGGAGAGCUAAUUGGAGGAUUAGAUAUAAUUAAGGAGCUUCAAGCCAGUGGGGAAUUGGAAUCGACUUUGAAUGCAUAAGUAGUUAAAUAAUUGUUUUAAUUUAUUGAAAUAAAUGCCUGGG